AUUUUGUUUUGGUUUCCCGUCCCAAACAAACCUUCACUCCAAAAGUACCGUUUCUAAACCUUGUGCUCUUUCUUCACUAUUCACUCUUCACUGAUCCGCACCUCCGGUAGCCGGCGGGAGCUAAAAAUCGCCAUUGUAAUCGUUUUCUCAGACGAGUCUAUCGAUCAAUCGCGCGCACGCCCGAGAGAGAGAGAGAGGAGUAGAUGGCCGAGACAUUGACGCGAAGCUACGCAAGGCUAACGCCGGAAGAAGAGAGGCUGAGAAUCCGAGACAUUUCAUUGGCUGCUGAAUCCCAAAGCAAAGAGGGCGAUACUUUCUAUCUUAUCACUCAAAGAUGGUGGCAAACCUGGAUUGAUUAUGUUAAUCAAGAUCAAAUGAAUGUUGCGAGUGGUGAAUCUUCUCUGCACAAUUUAGAAUCUGCGGAUGCUUGUUUGUCAAGAAGGCCGUCUAAUAUUGAUAAUAAGUUUCUGAUAAAUGAAUCUUCAUUAAGUGAUAGCAGUGCAGAUGAACUUCAUGAUACUUUGGUAGAAGGCCGUGAUUAUGUCUUGUUGCCUGAGGAAGUCUGGAAUCAACUUCACUCUUGGUAUGGAGGGGGACCAACAUUGGCGAGAAAAGUAAUCAAUUCUGGUCUUAGUCAAAUGGAAUUAGCUAUAGAAGUAUAUCCUUUGCAUCUUGAGCUACUUCUUACACCAAAAGGUGAUCGUUCUACCAUAAGAAUAAGCAAAAAGGAAACCAUUAGGGAGCUUCACAAGCGAGUUUGUGGGAUUUUUGACCUUGACCCUGAGCAAAUACGCAUUUAUGACUUUUAUGGGCAGAAGAAACAUGCAUUGCCGACGGAUCUGGACAAAACGCUUGAUGAUGCAAACAUACAGAUGGACCAGGAAAUUCUCGUGGAGGUAUAUGUGACAAAUUCUGUAAAGAGAACCGACCCUGCUGGGAAGCAGUCAAAUUCUUUUCUUUUAGAGCCUUCAAAGUCAGGUUUAUCUAUUGCUGGAGGUUUGUCUGCAACUAAAGGCGUAUCUAAAAACUGCGAUUCAGAGCUCUCACAAGGUCAGAAUCAGGUGUCACCACAUCAGGAAUCAAACAAUGUGCAAGAAGCAAGUGGUGUUACCACAAGAGGUGCUACUGCAGGUCUCAGUGGGCUGCUAAAUCUUGGAAAUACUUGUUAUAUGAAUAGCGCCAUACAAUGCCUUGUUCAUACACCAGAGUUUACUAGAUAUUUUCGUGAAGAUUACCGUGGAGAAAUAAACUGGCAGAAUCCAAUGGGCAUGGUUGGAGAGCUGGCUCUUGCAUUUGGUGAAUUACUUAGAAAAAUUUGGGCUCCAGGACGAACACCGGUUGCUCCUCGGCCUUUUAAAGCAAAGCUAGCUCGUUUUGCUCCUCAGUUCAGUGGGUAUAACCAGCAUGAUUCACAGGAACUCUUGGCGUUUCUGUUGGAUGGAUUGCAUGAAGAUUUGAAUCGUGUCAAAGAUAAACCUUACAUUCUUUCUAAGGAUGCAGACGGAAGACCUGAUGAAGAGGUUGCUCAUGAAUAUUGGGCAAACCAUAAAGCUCGUAAUGAUUCUAUUAUUGUUGAUGUUUGCCAGGGCCAAUACAAGUCGACUCUGGUUUGCCCUGUGUGCGCAAAAGUUUCAGUCACAUUUGAUCCCUUCAUGUAUCUUUCUUUGCCCCUCCAGUCUACUGCUACGCGCCCUUUGACUGUAACUAUAUUUAGCAGUGAUGGAAGUCUGCUGCCUAAUGUUUGCACUGUGACUGUUCCAAAGCAAGGACGAUGCAGGGAUUUGAUCCAAGCACUAAGUGCAGCUUGUUCCUUAAAGCCUCAUGAGAAGCUUCUACUCGCAGAGAUACAGAAUCACUUGAUCCACCGGUUCUUUGAAGAUCCUUUGACAUCAUUGUCCAGCAUUAAAGAUGAGGAUCACCUUGCUGCCUAUAGGAUCCUUCACCCAGCAAAGGGAAUAAUAUUUCUUCAGCUAAUACACCGUCUUGAAGACAAGGGGACAGUUAAUGCUCAGAGUAUGAAGGGAUGGAAACCCUAUGGAACCCCACUAGUUUCACCUAUCUCAUGUGAUGAUGUAACUACAAGGGGUGAUGUUCAAUCAAUGGUUCGCACAAUGUUAUCUCCAUUGUUGAAGGGUAGAGAACAAACUGAUGUAUCAGAAGAUGGCAUUUCAUCAGCUGUUGAGCCAUCUUCUGAAUCUUCAACACUGAGGGAAAGAAACAAUGCUGGGACUUGUGGAAUGGGGAAAUUGCCUCUUCAAUUGGUAGAUGAAAAUAAUGUAUGUAUUGACCUAUCUGUAGGAGAAGAAAAACCUGUCAAAAUUUCCUCGUCAUCGAAAUCUCUGUUAGUGUUUAUCAAUUGGUCAAAGGAACUGCUUGAGAAAUAUGAUACAUCUUACUUGGAAAAUCUGCCUGAAGUCUGCAAGAAUGGACCUCCAGCUAAGAAAGCUCGCACAGAACCUUUGUCCUUGUAUAGCUGCUUGGAAGCUUUCCUGCGUGAAGAGCCUUUGGUCUCUGAACCAGAUAUGUGGAAAUGUCCUCAAUGUGAAGAGCGGCGACAAGCAAGCAAGAAGCUAGAUUUAUGGAGGCUUCCAAAAGUUCUGGUCAUCCAUCUGAAGCGGUUCUCAUAUAACAGAUCAAUCAAGAACAAAUUAGAUACGUUUGUCAACUUCCCUAUAUACGAUCUUGACGUAACUAAGUACAUAGCAAACAAGAACAAUUCUGAUCCUCAACUUUAUGAGCUGUACGCUUUAAUCAACCACUACGGGAGCAUGGGUAGUGGCCACUACACUUCACACAUCAAGCUCCUGGAUGAGAAUAGGUGGUAUAGCUUUGACGAUAACCAUGUAUCAGCUAUCGGUGAAGAAGAGGUGAAGACUAAUGCUGCAUAUGUUCUAUUAUACCGAAGGAAGAAAGAUAUCGCUUCUGAAAGCAUUUAAAAUAUUUGGAUGCUCGAUUCAACUAUUACAUGAUGAAGAAAGAAGGAAACUGCUGAAGUUUUGUUUAUAUUAUAUGAUGUAGUAUAAUUUUGUAAUAGAAUUGUUUUGAAGAAGCUAGUGUUCUAUGCGUAUAGGAGCUGAAAAUUGGCUCAGCUUAUAGAAGGAUUAUACGUAGUACUUGGUUGGCCACUUUGUGGUUUCUCUCCUAGAAUUCAUUUAUUGUAACUUACUGGAUCUUGUACAAGUUAGACCAUUCAGAACGUUUUAACCUAAGAACUUGUGGUGCUUUGUGAAUAA